CGGGCCUUUGAUCUCAGAAGCCUUGCGGGCCCUGGGGGCGGGCUGGCGGCCCCCAGUAGUCCGGGCCGCGGGGGGCUGCUCGGGGUCGGCGGGGCUCAGCCUCCCCGGGAUGCGCGCUCGCCCGUGGGACUAAGCCCCGCUUUAACCCCGGAGCCCGGGAAGCAUGCGGCCGGAGGCUGGCGGUCCGGGGGGGAAAGGCAGCGGCGGCGUGGGAAGGCUAGGCUGUGGAUCUCCCCGCUGGGAGUCUGCGCUUGCCGGCCUGCCUGCGGGGCAGGAGGAAGGACUCGGCCGGUUUGGUCCCCCGCCCCCUCCCGCCCCUCACCGUAGGGGAGCGAGCAGGAAUCUCCACGCUUUUGCUUGGCCGGGCCCAGUGAACCGGACUCGCUGCAGGGGGGAGUCCGGCUCACUCUGACCUUUUCGUUCUGGUCCCCAAGACCAGAACACUUGGCCGGUGGUUGUUGCUGGUAGUCCCAGGGAGUUGGAGGUCCGGCCUUUGGGAAGGACAGAACUGAUGCGCUGGCCUUUGCUUGCAGGUCACCAUGACUUCCUGGCGAUUCCCCAUCAAGGCUUUCCUGCCCCACCUAAGGUGCUCUGAGCUCGGACAGAGACCUUGCUUGCUUACGUGGAGACAUAGGCCGGUCCCGUGCCCGCCCCAAUCUAGAAUCGGCUGGCUUCUCUUGGGCGCGUUUCCCAAACUCAUUCUGACUUCCGGGGGGCCCGGGACGGUGCCCCCGGGGCAGCAGCUUGGGACCGGUAAGAGCGCCCCUGAGGAAGCCGGGCUGGCAGGCGCCGUUUCCAAAACUGGGUUCGCGAGCGGCGUUUGGCCGAACCUGGCCUUUGGCCUCCGAACGGGGCUCCGGGCCUGCGUCCUGCUGGUGAAGUUCGCCCCUCUUCUGCUGCUCUACCCUUUCACCUACCUGGCUGCCCGCUUCUACCGGCUCUGGCUGAGGUGGCUCCUGCUGGCCACCGAGUCCUCGGGCCCCACCUACAUCAAACUGGGCCAGUGGGCCAGCACCAGGCGCGAUCUCUUCUCGGAGGAGUUCUGCGCCCACUUCUCGCGGCUGCACGUCCAGGUGGCCCCGCACACGUGGGCUCACACCCGGCGCCUGCUGCAGAAGGUCUUCGGGACGGAGUGGGCGCGAGCCCUCCGCUUUGAGAGUCAGGAGCCGGUGGGCUCGGGUUGUGUGGCCCAAGUGUAUAAGGCCUAUGUUGACACUGCCUUCCUUGACCAUGCCUGCUUCCAGAAGCUGGUGGAGGCCUCCAGGGGCACCCCCUCUUUUGAAGGCUGGGAAGCAGCAGGACUGGGGAGGCUCUUGGGGUAUUUCUGGAAGGGGGAGAAGCCUAAAGCGGCACCGCCGGAUCAGGCUUUUCCAGAUCUGCUUCUGCCCAUGGCCUACCUGACAGCUUCAAGACAGGCCCCGCCCCUUCCCCCACCUGCUGACUGUCCACUUGGGCCAAAGCAUUUCAUCCCAGCAGCUAUCAAAGUGCUACAUCCUGGGCUACUGGCUCAAGUUCAGGUGGAUUUGUUCCUGAUGAAGAUAGGCAGUCGAAUCCUCGGACUUAUUCCAGGAGUCAAGUGGCUCAGCUUGACUGAGAUAGUAGAAGAAUUUGAGAAGCUCAUGGUCCAACAGAUUGACUUGCGUUAUGAAGCCCGGAACCUAGAGUGCUUCCAACACAAUUUCAUGGAUGUGAAUUUUGUCAGGUUCCCCACACCUCUGCAGCCUUUUGUCACUCGAGAUGUUCUGGUGGAAACAUUUGAAGAGAGUGUGCCUGUGUCCUGGUAUCAGAAGUCAGAGAUUCCUAUGAAGUUGAAGGGGAAAAUAGCAAAGCUGGGAAUAGACAUGCUUCUCAAGAUGGUAUUUGUUGACAAUUUUGUCCAUGCCGACCUACACCCUGGGAACAUCCUGGUGCAGGGAGCAGACUUUCCUAAGGAGAGCCAAGGAGGUCAGAAGAGCCUGGAGGACGCACUCGAUACCCUGGUGUCGGAAAGCAGACCUGCUUCUUCCCCCCUGAGGCUGGUCCUGCUGGACGCAGGCAUCGUGGCGGGACUGCAGGCUGCUGACCUGGAGAAUUUCCGGGCAGUCUUCACCGCAGUAGCUGUGGGGCAGGGAGAAAGGGUAGCUGAGCUCAUCCUGCAACAUGCUCGGGCCAGUGAGUGCCGGGAUGUGGAGAAGUUCAAAGCUGAGAUGGCGGUCCUGGUGACCCAGGCCAGGAAGAACACCAUCACCCUGGAAAAGCUUCAAGUAGCAAACCUGCUCUCCAGUGUCUUUAAGUUGCUGAUGACCCAUAAGGUCAAGCUCGAGAGUAACUUUGCCUCGAUUGUCUUUGCGAUCAUGGUGUUGGAAGGGCUCGGCCGCUCACUGGAUCCCAAAAUGGAUAUCCUGGAGGCUGCCAAACCAUAUCUUAUAAAAAGUUCAACCUUCCCCCCCUGGCUGCAGUGGUGAAGGCAGAGGGCUUCCCAGCUAACUGCCAGCGUGACUCCUGAGGCCUUCUGGGACAGCCAGGGGACCACCUUUCUUUCGGCCUGGGUUGGUUCCAAGAAGGCCAAAUGCUAGAUUCUGAGAUGGUUUGACUGGCUGAAGAAGCUGUGGAGAGGAAUGGAUCCCACAGAGUAUCCCUAGAACCAGCACACUUGGUCAGUGUCGCCCCUGUUGCUGGGAAUGUUGACUGUAUAAGAGAAUGCUCUCCUUUACCAUCCCACCCCAGCGUACACGUUCUCAUUCUGUCUGUUUCUCUCUCGCUUUCCUUCCUUCUCUGUUUUUCUUUCUCUCUCUUCCCUUGUCUCUUUCUUUAAAGGUUCAUGGUGAACCUUUGGAAUGGAAAAGUGAAUAGAGUCCUAGACAUGGCCUCAGGAGGGAUGAAUUCAAAUUCUGCCUCAGACCAGUGCAAGUCUGUGAAAUUUACUUAU